UGGGAGCGCCGUGCCCGCCCGCCCCCGCCGCUUCCUGCCUGUGCGGGGCGGGACCGGUGAAGCCGAUGUCCGCCCGCCCCGCUGGGCCGUAGAGAGCCGCCGGGAGCGCGGGCCAUGGCGGGGAGAAACCCAGGCACGAAGCUGGUGGCUUUGCUCAGCUCUGGGUGGCCAGCUGGGGUCAGCCUGUGUCCAGAACUUGGCUGGAUCUCAAAAGUGUAUGUGAAUCGACCUGAAGUUGUGAGGCAUGCAGAACAAAUUAAAACAUGGAGCACUGUGAAAGGUAAUUGGCAAGCUGCUUGGCUGCUGAAAGCUGUCACCUGCAUAGACCUUACCAGUCUUUCAGGUGAUGAUACUCCUUCGAGUAUUCACAGACUGUGUUUUAAAGCAAAGCAUCCCAUCAGAGAGGAUCUGCUGAAAGCCUUGGACAUGCAUGAUAAAGGUAUUACUGUCGGAGCAGUUUGUGUAUAUCCUGCAAGAGUCACCGAUGCUGUUAAUGCCCUAAAGGUUGCUGGCUGUAACAUACCAGUAGCUUCAGUGGCUGCUGGGUUUCCAUCUGGACAAACUCUUCUAGAAGUCAAACUGGCUGAAAUAAAGCUGGCUGUGCAGUAUGGUGCUAGAGAGAUUGACAUUGUCAUUAGCAGGGCUCUGGUGCUGACUGGCCAGUGGGAAGGUCUCUACGAGGAGAUCCGUCAGUGCCGUGAAGCCUGUGGAGAAGCUCGUAUGAAAACAAUCUUAUCAACGGGUGAACUGGGGUCUCUUGCUAAUGUCUACAAAGCCAGUAUGAUAGCUAUGAUGGCAGGUUCUGAUUUUAUAAAGACGUCUACAGGGAAGGAGGUGGAAAAUGCGACCUUUCCAGUUGGAGUAGUCAUGAUGCGAGCCAUUAAAGAAUUCUACUGGCAAACUGGCUGCAAGGUUGGAUUUAAACCUGCUGGGGGCAUUCGGACGGCAAAAGAAGCUGUUACUUGGCUUAUGCUGGUGAAGGAGGAAUUGGGAGUGGAAUGGCUAACACCAGAGCUCUUUCGCCUGGGUGCCAGUAGUUUGCUGGAAGACAUCGAGAAACAGAUUUUCUACCAUGUGACUGGCUCUUAUCCGCUUCAGCAUGACCUGGCAAUGGCUUAGACACAAAAUCAACUCAGGAUUACUUUCACAAAAGAGGUCUUUAAGCAAACAACAUUCAGAAGUUUUCUGACAACCAAAUGCAUAUGAUAAAAUUAAAAGACUAAUUCUUCCUUCUUCAUAUUUUAUAGUAUAUAAAAAUAUGCUUGUCUGCUGGUUGUACUUGAUCCAAAAGCAGAAAAGAUGGUAAUUCUGAAAUAAAUUGUUAAUACUUACAGAUUUGCAAAGUUAAUCUUGCAAAGUCUUCCUCAGACUAGCCUGAAAAGCUUAUUAAUGGCAACACUGAAAUACUAUGAAAAAGAUUUAGGUGGCCAGGUAACAGUUUGCAGUAACAGAAUAUGAAAUAUCUAUGGAAUGUUUCAGACUACUAAUUAAGAGCUACAGAUCUUGGAAUAGCUUUCCAUUCGCCUCAGACAAAACCUUCUGCCACAGAUGUGUUGCGCUAUUAAUUGUUAUGUUGAUUCACUUUCAAGCAUUGUAACCUGAGAAAAUGAAACUUGGCUAUUACUUUCUUUUAUAAAAUGUCUCUGCAGCAAAAGAAAA